CCAAGAACGGUUUUAAGACCAUCGAUACUCAGUCGGAAGGAAAAUAGGAAAUACGCUGUGUAGGGUUUAAGGGAGAGCCUCAGUUGGAAGUCGGAAAGUGAAGUAGCAACAGUUUUGCAGGGUUUCGCCACCUUCGAUCAUGGAGAAGGCUUCUUCGUUCUUGUUCUCAGGCAUCCGUUUCGAUAGGAAGAAGUUUGCUAGCGACAUUGCCAGAUUUAAGGAGAAAAAGGAGAACGCGAAUUCACCCGAAAAGUUGAGGUUGGUGGAAACCAGCCAAACCGAACCAGCAGACGAUAUGGUAUCUGGGAAAAAGAGAAAGCGAAGAGGAAAGGUUACUGAAACAGUAAAAGGAUUCAGUGUCUUCAAAAGUUCAGAAUCUUCCACCGCAACUGCACAGAACGAAAAAUCAGAAAAUGAACUUUCCCGAGAAAAGAAGGAAUUGAACAGACAAAUUGAGCGGGAUUCAAUAUUACGUAAAAAACAUGGAAUUCAUAUUUCUGGUCAUAACGUCCCAUCUCCAUUGCAGAAUUUUGCAGAGCUUAGCUCAAGGUUUGGCUGCAAAGCAUAUUUGUUACGUAAUUUAGCGGAACUUGGAUUUAAAGAACCAACACCAAUACAAAGGCAGGCUAUUCCUGUUCUUCUCUCUGGACGAGAAUGCUUUGCUUGUGCACCAACAGGUUCUGGCAAGACAUUGGCUUUUAUGUGUCCUAUACUUGUGAAACUUAAGCAUGGAUCAAAGGAUGGCAUUCGAGCUGUGAUCCUUUGCCCUACACGAGAAUUAGCUGCUCAGACAACCAGAGAGUGCAAGAAGUUGGCUAAAGGAAAGAAGUUCAAUAUCAAGUUAAUGACUAAAGAGCUGGCUAGAAGUGGUAAUUUUGAGAAAAUGUCUUGUGAUAUUCUUGUUUCUACACCACUUCGCAUAAGGUUUGCCAUGCRUAAAAGAAAGCUUGACUUGAGCAGGGUGGAGUAUCUUGUGCUGGAUGAAUCUGACAAGCUAUUCGAACUUGGUUUUGUCAAGCAAAUUGAUUCUGUGGUCAAGGCAUGCUCAAAUUCUUCAAUAGUGCGCUCUCUGUUCAGUGCUACGUUGCCUGAUUCUGUUGAAGAACUUGCCCGUACAAUAAUGCAUGAUGCAGUACGAGUUAUUGUUGGUAGAAAGAAUACUGCUUCGGAACUCAUAAAGCAAAAACUUGUUUUUGCUGGAAGUGAGGAAGGGAAGUUGCUUGCACUUCGGCAAAGUUUCAAGGAGAGUCUGAACCCACCUGUACUAUUGUUUGUCCAAAGCAAGGAACGGGCAAAGGAGCUCUACAGGGAGCUGGCAUUUGACAACAUAAGAGUUGAUGUUAUUCAUGCAGACUUGUCCCAAACACAGAGGGAUAAUGCAGUCGAUGAUUUCAGAGCAGGGAAAACAUGGGUUUUAAUUGCCACAGAUGUUAUUGCUCGGGGUAUGGACUUCAAGGGCAUAAAUUGUGUGAUUAAUUAUGAUUUUCCUGAGUCUGCUGCUGCAUACAUUCACCGGAUAGGUCGGUCUGGCAGAGCAGGGAGAAGUGGUGAAGCUAUUACUUACUACACGGAAGAUGAUGUUCCAUUCUUGAGGAACAUAGCCAACGUGAUGAAGUCUUCAGGGUGUGAGGUUCCAUCUUGGAUCAUGGCCUUGCCCAAACUCAAACGGAAGAAGCACCGACCACAGAGAGAUUCCAUUUCAACCAAACCAAAAGAUGAGGAAGAUUGAUGCAGCUGUUUUCACACUUCACUGCAAUGGGGAAUGUUAUGUACCAUUCGCAUAUAUGGCUGCUCACCAGUUCCAAUUGUAAUUUGUUCCCUCCCGACUUCUAAUUUAUGCAUGAUGUCGAGGAUAGCUUGGCGCUUUGGGACAUGAUCUCAAAUUUUUAUAGCUUUAUCGAGUUAUUCAUAUUUUUAAUUGAUCAUUUCCCAACAGGGGGAAUAAUGAUUUGACUUGGAAGCUUAGUA